GUGGCCAUCGGAGGACAGACGGACGAGGAGGAGCGCUACAUCGCUCCCACAGUGCUGGUGGACGUGCAGCCCUCCGAUCCCAUCAUGCAGGAGGAGAUCUUCGGCCCCAUCUUACCCAUCGUCAUUGUCACCAACAUGGACAAAGCCAUUGACUUUAUCAAUAGCCGUGAGCGGCCGCUGGUCGUGUAUGCCUUCUCCUCCAAUGACAAGGUGGUGAACCAGGUCCUGGAGCGGACGAGCAGCGGUGGCUUCUGCGGCAACGACACCUUGAUGCACGUGACGCUGACCUCGCUGCCCUUUGGUGGGAUCGGGAGCAGCGGCCUGGGGAAUUACCACGGCAGGUUCACCUUCGAUGCCUUCACCCACCACCGCGGCUGCCUGCACCGCAGCAUGGGCUGCGAAGCCCUCAACGCCCUGCGCUACCCGCCCUACAGCCAGCAGAAGCUGGGGAUCGUCCGGGCCGCCUCCGAGGUGAAGCGCAAGAGCACCUGCACCCUGCUCUGA